AUGAUCCCCAAAACUCCUGGUUCAAGUCGCUCUCCAACAACCCAAAAGCUGCGUACGACGUCGUCUUCGUUGUUGAAGGAAAUACGGGGUUUGGGGCAUUUUUUGCGCGUGGAGCAGUUGGUGAUCAGGAUGAGGGGAAUGAGGUACCUAGGGGGAGGAAUGGACAAUGUUUCGCAUAUUACGGAAGGCUUAGGCGUUGCUUUAUCCUGUUAUGAAGAGAAGGAUGCUACCAAAGAACGGGAUACGAACACUAUUAAACACUGCGUUCUGAUGUGCAAUUCGCUUCCGUAUGAUUCCUCUGCUUCAGCCGCCUUUCCAGCCUUCGGUGGAUUGGAUUUGGAAAGUGUUUUGAAGUCUUUGAAGGAGAGUGACGUACGACUGUCUGUGAUUUCACCGCGGAAAAUUCCCACGCUUCUCAAAAUUUUUGAAAUCGGUGGCGGAGAUGUUAAUAUUGCCCAAGCAAAUAGUUAUGCCAAGGAUCCACGACAUUUAGUUUUGCUGAACGGAUAUGAGUGA